AUGAACUCCAUCGUUGCCGCAGUCAUCCUUGCCGUCGCCGUCGUCGGAGCCCUGGCCGACUACCCAGCACCCAAGUACGAGGCCCCGAAGGCGUACGGACACGCCGCCCCGGCCCACCACGGCUACGCCGCCCCCGCUCCCCACCACGGUGGAUACGCUCACCACUCCGCCCCGGUCGUCCACGCCUACGCCGCCAAGGCUCCCCAUGUGAAGUGCGGCGCUAACCUGCUGGUCGGCUGCGCUCCCAACGUUGCCCACGUGCCCUGCGUGCCCGCCCACGGUGGCCACGGAGGAUACGGUCACGCCGCCCCUGCUGCCCACCACGGUGGAUACGGACACCACGCCCCGGCCGCCCACCACGGAUACCGCUCGUUCUCCGAGGGAGAGCAGGCGUCCGCCUUCGACCUGGAGGAAUAA